CAAAGACAAAGAUGAAAAUUGGGACUGUCAUUGCACUGUAGCUAUUCACAAAAGACAGUAUGAUAGCCUUCAUAGAUGUUGCACCAAAACAGCACAUUCAGAAGAACCGUGGUCAAAGAAAACGAAAACCUUUGAAAUUCAAAAUGAAAAAUAUAUUUGUUAUAUGCAGUAUUUGUAUUAUCGGUGCAUAUAUCGCUGGUACUGAUUGCAUAGAGACGAAAAUAUCCACCAUAGAACGAAUAAAGAAACAUCAAGAUUGGCUAAAAAGACAUUGUAAGCCAAAGUCCUACAAAAUCCCAACGAACCAGCCAUUAUUAUCAGAGCUUUCUAACUUGUGGCGCCAAAAAAAAGAACUGACCAUAACCCAAAAAGGGGGGAAAAAACAAAAACAACAAUACAUACAAAACGAAAUUAUAUCUAAACAUUCCAGUACAACAAAUUUAAUGACGCUAAAACCGUUGGAAAUAUUACAGAAUGAAAGUCAUUACGAAAUCUCGUCAUCUAAACUAGUGGAUACAACAACAAUGUCUUCAUUUCCUGAUGUCCAUCUAAUAAAAGAGGGUAUUAAAGAUUCCACAGAAUCCACUGAAAAGAUUAUAAGCCUACCCAUUACUCCAGUGAAUUUUCCAAACAUCUUAGCUAGGAAAAGAUUCGAGCUCAAAGUCCGUACAUAUCCGCGGUGGGAUAGUUGGAGUAACUGGAGUGAAUGUUCACGAAGUUGUGGUGGAGGUGUGAUGCAUCAAACACGAAAGUGCAUAGGACGAAAAUCUUUGACGGGAAAUCCAUUUAUAAGUGAUGCCUGUUUCGGAUACUUUAAACGUUAUCAGCUAUGCAAUGAUUUACCAUGCCCAGCGAAGUCUAAAGAUUUUCGUGCUAAUCAAUGUGCAGCGUACAAUGGCAUAAUGUUUGAGGGCCAUAAAUAUAGCUGGCAACCUUAUAUAAAGAGUGAUGCCGAAUGUGAACUAAACUGCAAGCCAUUGGGAAUGAAAUACUAUGCAACUCUGAACGAAUCUGUUAUUAAUGGUACUCCUUGUAAGCGGCCAGCGGAAUAUUAUAGGUUAAAUUUCUUGGGACGUGCUGUAUGCGUUGAUGGUAUUUGUAAGGCCGUUAACGCUAGUGGUUCCAUUAAUGGAGCGUAUGCGCACAGUGGCUCUGUUAGUUGUGGAGGAUUGUUAUGCCGGCCAGUAACAGGAAUUUUUACUCGAGAUCCACAACCAGACGAUGGCUUGGUUCACGUUGCUACAAUUCCAACUGGUGCCUCGAAUAUAUCGAUAACUGAGCUAAGAAAUAGUCUUAAUUUGCUAGUUUUACGUACUUCCCAGCAAAAAAGCAUAGUUAAUAGCGAAAGUAAUGUGUCGGAAAGCGGAUCGUAUGAAGCGGUCGGUGCUACAUUUGACUAUCACCGAAUCGAUGGAGUCCAGAACUCGGAAGGAGUUACCGAAUGGAUAACAAGUACUGGGCCAAUAAGGGACUCAUUGGACCUUUUGGUAUUUGGAAAAAAUCGAAAUCCUGGUAUAAAGUAUGAGUACAUGCUUCCAAUAAUAUCUGAUUCUGAAGAAAACGAGCUCUCUGUGGAAAAUAUGAAUAGUUUUUUACGAGCUGGAGGGGAGGAUGCUAGUGUUUUAAGUAGUUCACGUCCAGGGCGACGACGUAACUUUACCUGGAAAGUGGUAGGGUUUAGGGCCUGUACAAAGUCCUGCGGUGGGGGUGUGCAAGCACCUAUUGUACGUUGCAUUCGCGAAAAUCUUUUACGUUAUUACUCACAACGCCGGUGCAUUCAUUCUGUAAAGCCAGUGCUCAAUGAGAACUUAUUGCACUGCAACACACAACCAUGCCCCGCCUAUUGGCACUAUGAGAAAUGGGGCGAAUGUCGCUGCCUGUAUGAAGGGGCAUUUAGACAUCGUGAGGUAAGUUGCCUGCAAGAACUUGCAUCUGGAACUGUUAUACACGUUGAUGGCACAGCAUGUAUGGAAGAGAUGCCACCCACUCAGAAGCAAUGUGAGUGUCCAAACAAUCGAAGUCGUGACUCUUCUCGUUAUCGUCUACACACACACUCCGGGUCCGCGAAUAGUACACGAAGACAACGUAUCAUGGUUGAUAAUAGUAGCAUAAAUGCAGUCUGGUUAACUUCCGAAUGGAAUCAGUAUUGUUCUGCUACGUGUGGCUUAGGUGUAGAGUAUCGUACAAUUUUCUGUGAUCGAUCUGAGGUUGGUGCGGUUCGUUGUGAUCACAACAAAACUCCAGAAAAUCGACGCCCAUGCGUAAGACCUAGUUGUGAAGAUGGCGAGUGGUUUGUUGGACCUUGGUCGUCUUGUAAUGGGGAUUGCUUUAACCUUGGACGAACUCGACUGGUACUAUGCAUACAAAAUAAAUUAAUUGUGGAUCAUAAAAAGUGCAAGUUGGAGCUACAACCGCAAUCGUUUGAAAAAUGCUCCCAUGAUGAAGGAGAAAUUACUUACUGUGCUCCUCGUUGGCAUUAUUCUGAAUGGUCACAGUGUACCAAAUCUUGCGAUGGUGGAACACAGCGACGCAGCGUAAGAUGCUUGGAAUACAAUGCAACCCUGAAUAGCUUACAGGACUCAACCAGAUGUCGUUAUGCGGCCAGGGAGCCAAUAUUUCGCAGCUGCAAUACAAAUGACUGUGAUGAACAUCACCAAAAUUACUCUUCAUCUACGUGUACCGAUAAACUUCCCAACUGCAAGUGGGCUGCGCAAGGAAAGCUGUGUAGUUACGAUUACUACCGUACGAGUUGCUGUAUCUCUUGCUCAGGCAGAGUUUAGUGGUAAUCUAAAAUGCAGCUGCAAAUAUAAUUAUUUUAUCGAAUACAAAUAUUUACCAACCCAAUUUUAUCAAUAAUAACUUAUAUUCCUUAUAAUAAAUCUAAUCGAAUUUUGUAUGGCCAAGAAUUA